AUGGAACAAUGGGAGGACUCAGCAGCUGCGAAUAAACUCAGUCACAAAUUCUUGCACCUCUCCAUGCGUUUCCAGGAGGUAUAUUUUAACAAGCGAGCAGAAUUGCAUUUCUGGAAAGACUUGAGUAGCAUAGAAAUGAAAGGUGGUGUUGCCAAAGCUCUCAAAUCCAAUAAGGCUGAGUUUGGAUCAGCGGGGAUAAAGCAGGGCCACGACUCGUAA